AUGGACGAACAGAUCUCCUUCUCGGUAUCCCGUGUCGAUACCUUUCCGGACCACGUCCCACGCACUGAUGAGAGGAGCGGCUUCACGUACAAUGACAAGUAUGUCAUCAACUAUGACUUUAGCGAGAUAGACCGUGAUACUGCCAUUGAUGAGGUAUCGUUUCUGUGUAGCGACAUUAGCCAAGCUGGUCUACAGUGCGAAGUCCGUGCCGGUGAGGACAAGAGCCUUCUCAUCUUUGUGAGGGCCCCAAAAGAGCUUUUGAGCGCAGAAAUCCACAAAUCCAGAGUAAAGGAUUGGUUGUACGGCAUCACCAAGACCCAGCCCAAAGUAGACAAGAGGACCAAGUCAGAGUCAUUCAAAGAUGCCUUUGAGGCUGAGAGCAUAUUAUCCGUGUACCAUCUCGUCAAUUGGUCCAAAGAGAUUGGUGGUGCGGGCAUCACUCCCGAGUUUGGGAAAUGGGAAAAUGUGAAAUCCAUUUUCCCCAUACACAACGAACAGGCCAACCGAAAACUUCUCAAGAGGCUGAGCAAAAAGCUGGUUCUAAACAAAGAUGAUCUGGACGAAAUCAGGAACCUAUUUGGCUCUCAGGUGGCCUUCUACUUUGCCUAUAUGCAGACAUAUCUAGUCUUCUUGGCAUUUCCCGCUAUUACUGGAGUCUUGGCAUGGGCCUUUCUUCCUAAGUACUCGUUGAUAUACGCCAUUCUCACACUUCUCGGGUGCACAGUAUUCCUCGAGUACUGGAAGAUUUUGCAAGAUGACCUGAGUAUUCGGUGGAAUGUCCGUGGUGUUGGGUCCCUAAAAACGAACAGACCAAACUAUCUCUACGAAAAGGUCAUUGUGGACAGCUCGGGACGGACCAAGCAUUAUUAUCCCAAGUGGAAGUCCUUUGCACGGCAGUCCCUGCAGAUUCCUUUCUUUGUCUUUUGUCUUGUGACUCUUGGCGUAAUCAUCACCAUGGUUUUUGCAAUUGAAGUUCUCGUAUCCGAAGCCUACGAGGGCCCGUGGAAAACUUGGCUGGAGUACGUUCCGACCUUGUUCCUUGCCGCUGGUCUGCCAUACAUGAACUCUUUCCUGGAAGAUGUUGCCAGCCGCCUCGCCGAGUUUGAGAAUCAUCGCACAAAAGACAACUUUGAAAUGUCUCUUACUCAGAAGCUCUUCGUUCUCAGCUUCAUUGUCAACUACCUCCCAAUUCUUCUCACGGCAUUCGUAUACAUCCCACUGGGUAACAAGAUUGUGCCUUGGCUCGGAUCGCACCUCUUCAGUGCAAUCGGUGUGAAGCUCGACAACAACUUUUUCCAGCGAGAUCCAGAUCGCCUGCGGAACGAGGUGAUUGCUCUGACAUUGACAGGCCAGGUUUCAGACAUGUUUGAAGAGAUGGUUGUGCCAUAUGUGAUGCACAGGCUCAAGUCUUGGUGGCAUACAUACAAGCUGUCGCGCUCACACUUUGCCAUCAACAAGACCGACGACCCUACGGAAAAGGACUUUUUGCGCAGUGUUCGACGUCAGGCCAGCCUACCGCCUUACAAUGUUCAGGAUGACAUCUCGGAAAUGGUGAUCCAAUUCGGCUACCUCGCGCUCUUCUCCCCCGUCUGGCCGUUGGUGUCGGUCGGUUUUUGGAUCAACAACUGGAUCGAGUUGCGAUCCGACUUUCUCAAGAUUUGCAUCGAGCACCAGCGACCGCAUCCUGUGCGGACUGAUGGCAUCGGGCCAUGGAUCCACUCGCUGGACGCGCUCACGUGGAUGGGCAGCAUCUGCACCGCCGCCGUGGUGCACAUGUUUGGCACCGAGAGCGGGUCGAGCAGCACGGUGCUCGGCAAGGCCCUCGGCGGCGUGCAAUGGUGGAGUCUGCCCAUCACCAUCUUUGUGAGCGAGCACAUCUUUCUCGUCCUGCGCGCCCUCGUCCGCCUGGUGCUGCAGCGCGUCGGGUCCGAAGAGGUCCGCCGGGAGCGCAACGAGCGCUACGUCCGGCGCAAGAAGUACAUGGACGAGCUCGAGGCUGCGAACCGCGCCACCGAGAUGCUCGACGUCGGCGCCAUCCAACGCCGCAAGUCUGUGCGUCUGGCCGAUGCCGAUGUCUUUUGGACCAAGCAGGUCGAGAAGGGCUCCAGCAUCGAGGCCGCCAUUGAGCUCAUCAAGGGUGUGGGUGGUAGUGACUUGAACGAUGGGGCUCACUCCAAGUUGGCAUGA